AUGGUCUACCAAUCCAUGAUCAUGAUCCUCGUUGGCGCGAUCGCCUCGACCAUGUCCGCGGCGUUUCAAGACGAUUUCCCAGCCAGCGACGUGCAAUUCGUGGAGCGCACCGGAGUUCCAACGCUUACCAUUCGUCCCGACACUACCACCGCUUUCCCCCGCACGACUACAGCGUAUCCGACCACAACGUUCUCCACAAGCACGACGACAGCCAGCCCGUUCACCACCCAAACUCCAACAACGACAACUAAGGCUCCGUCGACUACAGCUCCUCCGUACUACAUCUGCGGCGCCGGCAACGACAACCACCUCACCCAGUACUACAACUUCUACUCCGACGACAACAUCCUGGUCCGUUCUGACCACUACCUCAGCCCCGGGUACGACGACUGUAGCUCCAACUACUGCACCUGCAGCCCUGGCUACCACCACCAUUUCGCCCAUAUCUACAUCUGCAGCUCCGACUACCACAAGCAUGAGUCCCAUAGCAACCUCGGCAGCUUCGGCUACCACUUCCCCCACUACGACGACUUCGAACCCGGCUACCACCACCACUUCCCCCUCCACGACAACAGUAGCUCCGGCUUCCACAACUGCGACCCCGGCUACCACCAUUUACCCCACGACUACAUCUGUCGCUCCGGUACUACCACGGCAGCUCCGGCCACCACUACCAUUUCCCCCACUACGACGACUGUAGCCCCUACGAACACCCCCACAACCGUGGACCCGACCACCAGCACCGCGAGUCCCGAGACCACGACCAGUAUUUCCAGUACCACAACGUUCACUCCAACGAGCACAAUGGCUACGACGACGCCAUAUCCGAGCACAACCGCGAUCUCGUAUCACGAGCCGCUGUACGUUCCAGGCAAUUACACUGGCAAUGGCACUAGCAAUUCCAGCACUUCGAGUUCUUCCCCCGAAGACAUUGUCUUUUGCGACCGAGUGAGUGUGGAGCGAGACGCCACUUACUGCAUUUCUGGCCCCAUUUGCAGCGGUAGUGGCGAUGUGCCCCGCGGCGUCCAAUGCCCUCAGGCUGGAGCCGUCGCUGUCGCCCAGUGUUUGCCGACCUUGAGCUCGUACAACGCCACGUUGGGACAGUGUAUUGCGCCAGCAGCCGCCGUUUGCCAAAAACUCGUGGUCACGGACGCAUGGGGCUGUGUCUUGCCUGCGUUCUAA